ACUUCUCAACCACGUAGUAGCGGCAACAUGCAGGUAAAAACAUGUUUCGAGCGGGCACUUCGGCCUUUUCUGAGACUCCGAUGGCAACCCAAAACAGGGCAGCAGUGCCACCAGUAUACUGGCAAUUUCAAAUUACCACGAGAUAUUGGCGUGGCGGGGUACUCACUUCUGGCAAUCCCCAUCGCAACCUUUGCCCUGGGAACGUGGCAGGUGCAAAGGCGGCAGUGGAAGUUGCAGCUCAUUGAUGACCUUGCCAAGAAGACAACAAUUCCUGCUGUAGACCUGCCAGAAGAUCUGAGGGAGCUGAACGACAUGGAGUACCGGCAGGUGAGGGUUACUGGUACCUUUGACCACGAGCGGGAGAUGUAUGUGGGCCCGCGAUCACGUAUCGAGCCAGAGGAGGACUCAGAGGAGGGCCGAAGAAAAAGGAGAGGCGGCAUCAUCACUGCACCAGGACAGACAGGAAACCUGGUCAUCACACCUUUCAAGCUUAAGGACCGAGACUUUACAAUCCUCGUGAACCGUGGCUGGGUCCCAAAGUCCUCAACACUUCCCCAUAAGCGGCUACAGGGGCAGAUAGAAGGCGAGGUAAAUCUGGUCGGCAUUGUGCGCAAGUCAGAGAAGAGGCCACCUCUUGGCCCUAAGAACCCGACCACAGGCCACACCUGGCAUUACAAGGAUGUGGAACAGAUGGCUCAGGCCUGUGGAGCUGCACCUGUCCUUCUUGAUGCUGUCUUUGAGAGCACUGUGGAAGGAGGACCCAUAGGAGGUCAAACAAAUGUGACUCUUCGAAAUGAGCAUGUCUCAUACAUUAUCACUUGGUACUCACUGAGUGCUGCCACUACGUUCCUCUGGUACCACAAGUACAUUCGUGGUCGUCCUCUCAUGUGAUGGCUGCAAAAUAGUUGGCACUGACACUGUGCACAUCUAUUGAAGAUGUAGGAAAAAGUGCCGAGGAAGCCAACUAGGCAAAGCUGUAAAAUAGUUGUUGUGCAAAUGUGAAUGAGUUCUAUAAAAAUCAUGUCACCUAGCA